AUGAUUACCGCUCUAUUUGUCUACGAUGGCAAGGGCGACGUUAUAAUGUCCAAAAUGUACAAGGAAGGUGUACGCAGAAAUAUAUCCGACGUGUUCCGGAUUCAGGUCAUCAGCGCCAAUCAAAAAACCACCUCCAACGGUUCAGGAACCGGAAAAGAGGUCAGAUCACCAGUGUUGACUCUCGGAUCAACCUCGUUCGUGUACAUCCGCUCUGGACUUCUCUGGAUUUGUGCUGUCACAAGAUCAAACCAAGAUUGUUCGAUGAUCUUGGAGUUCCUCUACAAACUUGAGGCAUUACUAAGUGCUCUUGUUCGGGAAGGAAACGAUUCAUUCUCCAAGGUUCCAUUGACGGACGAGCUCUUGAUUAACAACUUUGCAUUGAUCCAUGAAAUAUUGGACGAGGUGGUCGAGUUUGGCUACCCUACCAACCUUGACAUCAGUGGCUUGAGAAGCCACAUCACCAGUAUACCCAACAACGGUAAUGUGUUCAAAGACAUCAAAAACACCAAAGUGACAGCAUCCACCAAAAAGGAGAACACCAGCAUUUCCACCCUGAAUAUAACCUGGAGAAACGGGGGGAUCAAGUAUCGUCGGAAUGAGAUCUUCUUAAAGGUGGAGGAAAAAAUUAAUGUCAUCAUGAAUUAUGAAUCGGAAGUCUCGAGGGCGCUGGUCGAAGGAGAAAUCAAAAUGAAGGCCCAUCUUUCGGGAAUGCCUGAGUGCCAUUUUGGAUUGAGCGAUGACAGUGUAUUUUCCACUGAUAUUCACUCCGAUCACCGCAACACUGGAGUCACCCUCGAGGACUGUAAGUUCCACCAAUGUGUGGAACUCAAGCGAUUCGACUCCGAGAGGUCCAUCCACUUCAUCCCUCCCGAUGGUGAUUUCCAGAUGAUGUCGUACAGAUGCUUACAGAACAUUCACCUUCCAUUCAAGGUCAAUGCACAGGUUCAAGAAAGAGGGUCUAGGGUUCAAUACAAAUUGGGGAUCAAAUCGUUGUUUCCCUCCAAGCUUCCGGCCACAAACGUGAUAGUGAAAAUUCCCACUCCUAAGGGAGUGAUUAAGUCCUACAGCGAUACUACAUCAGGCAAGUGUAAGUAUCAGCCGGAUGAAAACGUUUUUGUUUGGAAGUUUUCCAAGUUUUUCGGAGAACAAUCCCACACAUUGACAGCGGAGUUAGAUUAUACACCCAACACGGAAGGAGGCACUCGGAAUCCGGGAUGGCUGCGCCCUCCGAUCACUAUUGACUUCGAGUUAGAGAUGUUUUCGAGUUCGGGGUUGGCGGUGAAAUACUUGAGAGUGCAAGAAAAGAGUAACUAUCGAACCGUGAAAUGGGUGAAGUACUCGACAAAAGCGGGUUCCUAUGAAGUGAGAUACUAG